AAGAAACGGAUCUAAGAUACGUUGCUUGAAUUAAAGCCAAAAAAACAUUAAGUUUUUUCGAGACGCACCGGAAAACGAUCUCAGAUCAAAAUGAAACUGCUAUUAAUAGCAUGGGUUGUAGCUUCAGUCUUUGUGCUUGGAUGGUCGAUCACGUGCUAUCGUUGUGGUGGAGCUGCACCAAGUUGUGAGGGGUCUGGUAAAGCGACAGUAAAAUGUGAUGAUUCAUCCAUGCCUGGUUCUGUGUUCGCCUGUCAAGUGUACACAGUCAAUUUUACUUCAUACAACACGAUCAAGGAGUUUAAAAGUUGCUGCUUGUACGAGGACUGCAACAAAGAUCCUUGUAAGCUGUUUGGGGAAAAAACAGUCUGCUCUAAGAUGGCCAGUUGUCAAGAAGACAAAUGCAACUUCGACUACGACUCUGCCAAGGCUUCCCAGCCUUCAACGCUCCCCUCUGAGGCUAACAGCGUUACAACGGGAAAAGUCCUGGGAGCGACCCUUGUAUUAGCAGUUAGUUUUUCAUUGUUCAUUUAAGUAUUUCAAAACUUUUCUUUGGCAGGUAUCACUUAGAGAUAAGCUUGCAGCGUUUGAUUUAUUGCACGGUGUUUAACAAAAAACUGCAUGAAGUAUACACAAACUUAAAUUAGUUGAAUCUUUUGAGAACUUAUUGCAAAACCAAAGAGAUUGAAAGUGCAUUCAUAUAUUUGCACU